AUGUCUAACCCCUUUGGUUCCGACUUUGACGAGGUGGAACAUCAACGAGAAAUGAUUCGCAAGAUGAAUAUGCGCAAGCUUUUGCAGCCCAAGGCCACAGCGACGGAGCAAGAGCCACACAAGAAGCAGGUGACGGUUACACCUCCCGCGACAUUCCAGUCCUGGGUGUUUGGGAUCAUGAACGGUGGCCAGGACAGCUGGCUCAUGCGUUACAUGGAAUCCGAGUUUUACGAGCUGGCUCGCAAGGCAAUCAAGGAUCGCACUGGGGGUGACAUCCACAUGGUCAUGAUGGGCUGUGCAGCUCUCAAUGCUGCACGUGUCAAGAUCCCAGCCAUGCUUUCCGUCGCCUUGACUCAGGUCAAGUCGCAAGUGACCAGCUCCAUCGCCAUUAGCGCCUAUGACUCUCCUCUCAUCAAGGAACUCUUCCAGAUUGCUCGCGAGAAGUCUGAGGAAUUCCAGUCCUUGAAGCUUCGAUUGUCCGGAGAACACCAUCUCCGCAAGGUUUCUGGCGAGCUUGUGCCAAUUUCUGGCAAUUCUUCUGGGGCCUUCUGGCACAACGGUACCUACUUCACUCUUGAACUUCAAGGUAAGUCUGGUGAAGCUGACGAGAUUGCGAUUGCUACCACUCUAGAUCCUACAUCCAAGCUGGUUGUUGGCUGCUUUGGUCAUAGCAGCGACCCCAUUCAGGCGUUAAUCGAGCAUGCUAAGACACGUGUCACACAAACCGGCAAUCUGCAUGUGAUGGAGAUCAUACCUAAUCCUGGAAAGGAGAUUGCUGACAAUAGGCUUGUGCAGCGCAAGAAGCGUCCUAUGUCUACGGUCGAUCUUGAUCCACAGAUGAUGCAAGAUAUCUUGAAGGACGUUGAGCUUUUUUUCCACAAGGAGUCGCAGAUUUGGUACGAGCACACUGGACGCCCGUGGCGACACGGUUACCUUCUACAUGGCCCACCCGGUACCGUGACGCUGAGCGGACUUCUCAACGUACUUGACGGUGUCAAUGCUUCCGAGGGUCGCCUGGUCAUCAUGACCACCAACCAUCCUGAGAAGCUUGAUCCAGCUCUCUACCGUGCCGGUCGUGUGGAACGCAAGUUCGAGAUAUCCUACGCCAGCAAGGACAGCUGCAUUCUAACCUUCAAGCGUCUGUUUGGCAACGAUGUUUGCAAGCGCUACACCUCCGAAGCCAUCGAUCGUUUCGCCCAGGCUUUCCAAGCCCAGUUUCCUUCCAAGUCCCGCAUCACCACAGCUGAGCUCACCAAGUACUGUGGCCAAUAUCGCGGUAGGCCCGACGUUGCUGUCGAGGAGUUUGCUGACUGGGUGAAGCGCGGUGCUGACAAGUUUGUCAUUCCUAGGGACUACGCCAAGGCGGUCGAUGAGGAGGGUGUUAACAUCCCGGAGCCCUUUGAUUCCGAUCUUCUCCUUGUUCGCACGUCUGACCUUGUUGAUCCGAACGUGGGUGCCACAUCCGACAUGGAGGUGGUGACUGAGGUUCAGCCGACAGCCCCAGCUUCCCGGGGUUUCUUCUCGGCCAUCGCCAACGUGUUUCAGGAUUCUGGUGAGUACACUGACCUUGCAUCCAUCCAGGGCGCACUUGUCAAUGUUGACUCAGAUGCCAGCCUCUCCGAGAUUCCUCACGGCCAUCUCAUCGAGACAAUCCCCGAGUGUGAAUUGGCGCUAAUGUCGCCCCGUCCUUUGCCUGAUGACGACGACGAGUUUCUUUACAUUGUCUAG